AUGUCGUACUCAGACGACGAAAGUCUCCCCAGGGAGUGCUCCUGGUGCCACGACGACCGGGGUUUCUGCGACAGGCCUCACCUGGACGAAGAUCGGCGCUUCAGCAUUAAGCUCGAGGAGGCCUUCGAUUGUGAUACGGUCUUGGAGAGAAUGGGUUUUGAAGAUCAUGAGAGGAAUGAAACAAAGAAAAAUAACCUAAGGACCCAUCAUGGUAUGGAUUUUGAGGUAAAUCUAUACAAUUCUAAGAGCGUAUCCCAUUUUGGUUGCCCGGGUUGGGAAGCACUUUGCAAGAUGUAUGAUUUUCAAGAGGGUAUGUUUGUCACCAUGGAUCUUGGUGAUCCUGACAUCGACCAAGACAAUUUGGACAUUUGGGUCCUUGUUGAUACACUUCCAAUUCUACCGUUAUUUGAUAACUUAUUUUCAUUAACAACUUAUUUUAAUUGUUCAAACAAUGUGCGGAACAUGGUAGACAGAACCAACUACACCGAUGGCUCCGAGUUAACUUAUCAGGAGAAAAAUCAUCUGGUCGCAUUUUGUAUUGAUCUUGAGAAUUACAAUAUCUAUAAUAAAACUCCUCCACAUUAUGGUCAAUACGUGCCACUAGUGCACGUGUUGAACUACGGUAACAUCCUUGGAGAUGCCAUGGCUAUCGCUGAAUACUGGUCUCUUUCUGAUGUGGCGCAUAUAAGAAAUACUAGCACAAAUUGUAUCCUUCAUAUCAUGUGUGAACUGAGAGGCUCAAUGACUGAAGCUAUUUAUGUUGUUGUGGCAAAUUUGGAGAUCAAGCGGAAGCUGGAGGAUAGAGAAUGUUGUAUUGUUCAUGUUCGUCGUAGUAGUGAGCAGCAGCGUACUGCAGUUUGGCUAGGUACAGGGCCUUUGGUUGAUGUGUUUGGAUCUCGUCUUCGGUCAUGUGUCUACAGUAAUAUAUUAUAUACCAAAAAAUCAGAGGAGAUACAAAGACUUGGCCAGCCCAAGUGGCGUCUUCAGGUGGUCCUGUCAUGGGUCCUGGCCGUCGUUCUCGGCUCAGUCCACGGCCAUGUGCGGCGGCAAUGGGGAGAGCAGGUGCCCCCGGAGUCGCGGCCGCACAGCGUCACCAUUACCGAGUUCGGCGCCGUAGGGGAUGGUAGGACCCUGAACACCCUGCCCUUCCAAAACGCCGUCUUCUACGCCCGGUCCUUCGCCGACAAGGGCGGCGCGCAGCUGUACGUCCCCAAGGGUCGAUGGCUCACCGGCAGCUUCAACCUCACCAGCCAUCUCACCCUCUUCCUCGAGAAAGAUGCCAUCAUCGUCGGCACGGAGGUUAUGGAUUUAUCAGGGAAACGCCAAUGUAGUUCGAUUGUGCUCUUUGUUGGCACGCUAGACGGCAGAGGAAAUUCUAUGCAAAUACCCGAUCAGCAGGGUUCAAGUUGGCUGGAGUCCUCGCAAUGGCCAAUUGUGGAACCUUUGCCAUCUUAUGGCCAGGGACUAGACCUUCCAGGUCCUAGACAUUGUAGCUUAAUAAAUGGAUACAAUUUAACAGAUGUUGUUAUUACUGGGAAUAAUGGACUUAUCGAUGGCCAGGGCUUAGUAUGGUGGGAUUGGCUUCGCUCUCAUGAACUAAAUCAUAGCCGCCCUCAUCUCGUGGAGUUUCUGUAUUCUGAAGAAAUUGUGAUAUCAAACUUGACAUUUUUGAACUCACCAGCCUGGAGCAUACAUCCAGUGUACUGCAGCAAUGUAAAGGUUCAUAACGUCACAAUUAAGACUUUGUUGGAUGCUCCACUCACUGAUGGCAUAGUUCCAGAUUCAUGUUUGAAUGUCUGCAUCGAAGACAGCACCAUUAGUGUCAGUCAUGAAGCCAUCUCAGUGAAAAGUGGGUUGGACAAGUACGGCAUUUCUAUCGGAAGGCCAACCUCGGACAUUCAUAUCAGCAGAGUGGAUCUUCAAGCGUCAUCUGGUGCUGCACUUGCAUUUGGCAGUGAGAUGUCCGGUGGGAUCUCAGGUAUUCAUGCUGACCACCUAAGGAUACAUGGUUCUGAUAAAGGGUUCUCUUUGAAGACCACCCCUGGUCGUGGAGGUUACAUAAAGGAAGUGAUCAUCUCAGAUGUAGAAAUGGAUGGUAUUCGUGUGGCCAUUGAAUUCAUAGGUAAUUUAUCAAGCCAUCCAGAUGAUGAUUUUGAUCCGUCUGAGCUUCCGGUGAUUGAUCAAAUCACCUUAAAGAAUAUGGUGGGAACAAACAUCUCGGUUGCAGGAAUUUUAUUAGGAAUUGACAGUGAUCCAUUUACUGCGAUUUGCCUUUCCAAUCUCAGUUUCUCGAUAACUGAUUCGCUCCAUUCUAGUCCCUGGUCUUGUUCCAAUGUUUCUGGAUACUCGGAAUCGGUCUUGCCUGAGCCUUGCUCGGAACUGUAUGCACCAUCCUCAAAUUCUUCAAUUUGCUUCUCCCUUCCUAGUUACAGUGCACUUGAUGUGGCAUAG